AUGUAUGAAGAAGAUGAAGAUAUGGAUGAGACUAAUUUUGAAGAGGAGGACGAUGAGAUCUCAUCAGAGCAGUGGCAGGAGGCGUGUUGGGUAGUAAUUUCGGCAUACUUUGAUGAGAAGGGUCUCGUUCGACAGCAGUUGGAUAGUUUCGAUGAAUUUAUUCAAAUGAAUGUUCAGCGAAUUGUUGAGGAUUCUCCACCGGUUGAAUUGCAAUCUGAAAUUCAGCAUUUUUCUGGAGACAUCGAAAGCCCUAUUAAAUUUGCAUUGAAAUUCGAUCAGAUAUACUUGUCAAAGCCAACUCACUGGGAAAAGGAUGGUGCUCCAACUCCUAUGAUGCCAAAUGAAGCUCGACUGCGAAAUUUAACGUACUCUUCGCCCCUUUAUAUUGAUAUAACAAAAACAAUGUAUCGAGAUGGGGAAGAGCCUAGAGAGACAAAAUAUGAAAAAGUGUUCGUGGGAAAAAUUCCCAUAAUGUUGAGGUCGUCAUAUUGCAUGCUAGCAAAUAUGUCUGAUCGCGAUUUAUCUGAACUAAAUGAAUGUCCUUUGGACCCUGGCGGCUAUUUUGUAAUAAACGGUUCGGAAAAGGUCUUGAUUGCUCAGGAAAAAAUGGCCACAAAUACUGUUUAUGUUUUCUCAAUGAAGGAUGGAAAAUACACAUAUAAAACAGAAUGUCGUUCUUGUUUGGAAAAUUCCAGCCGACCAACAUCCACAUUAUGGGUGAAUAUGUUACCGCGAGGUGGUGGAGGCAGCAAAAAAUCUGCAAUGGGUCCCAAAAUCAUUGCUAUUUUGCCGUAUAUUAAACAGGAAAUCCCUGUGAUGAUUGUUUUCCGUGCAUUAGGUUUUGUUUCUGAUCAUGAUAUAUUGGAACAUAUAAUAUAUGAUUUCGAAGAUCCAGAGAUGAUGGAAAUGGUAAAACCAAGUCUGGACGAAGCUUUUGUUAUUCAAGAACAAAAUGUUGCACUCAACUUUAUUGGUGCACGUGGUGCCAAGCCAGGUGUUACUAAAGAACAGCGUAUAAAAUAUGCUAAAGAAAUACUACAGAAAGAAAUGCUUCCGCAUGUUGGCAUAUCAGAUUUUUGCGAAACCAAAAAAGCAUAUUUUUUGGGUUAUAUGGUACAUCGAUUACUACUAGCAGCGUUGGGUCGUCGUGAGUUAGAUGAUCGUGAUCAUAUGGGUAAUAAACGUUUAGAUCUUGCAGGACCUCUGCUUGCAUUUCUAUUUCGAGCGCUUUUUAGAAACCUUCUUAAAGAAGUUCGAUUAACUGCUCAGAAAUAUAUAAAUAAGAAUGGAGAUUUCAUGUUAGAUUUAUGUGUUAAAACACCACUGAUAACUCGUGGACUUGCAUACUCACUGGCAACAGGUAACUGGGGGGAUCAGAAAAAAGCUCAUCAAUCAAGAGCAGGUGUAAGUCAGGUGUUGAAUCGUUUGACUUACACGGCAACAUUGUCCCAUUUACGUCGUUGCAAUUCGCCUAUUGGUAGGGAAGGAAAAUUAGCGAAACCUCGUCAAUUACAUAAUACCCAGUGGGGCAUGGUAUGUCCUGCUGAAACGCCUGAGGGUCAAGCGGUUGGUUUGGUAAAAAAUCUAGCGCUCAUGGCCUACAUUUCUGUUGGUAGCUUACCAGAACCAAUUCUUGAAUUUUUGGAAGAAUGGUCGAUGGAAAAUCUUGAAGAAGUGGCACCAACAGCAAUCGCUGAUGCUACCAAGAUUUUUGUUAACGGUGCUUGGGUCGGUAUUCAUCGAGACCCCGAACAGUUAAUGAGUACUCUGAAAAAACUUCGAAGGGAGAUGGACAUUAUAGUUUCGGAAGUUUCUAUGGUUCGAGAUAUCAGAGACAGAGAAAUACGUAUUUAUACGGAUGCCGGACGAGUUUGUCGACCUUUGUUAAUUGUUGAAAACCAGAAGUUGGCUUUGAAAAGGAAACAUAUUGAUCAGUUAAAAGAUAACAGCUACACUUGGUCUGAACUUGUUGCUGGUGGAGUUGUUGAACUUAUUGAUGCUAUGGAAGAAGAAACAAUAAUGCUUGCUAUGAUGCCGGAGGAUUUGAAAGCUGGAGGUUAUUGUGAUACCUACACACAUUGUGAAAUUCACCCUGCUAUGAUUUUGGGUGUUUGUGCAUCUAUUAUACCUUUUCCUGAUCACAAUCAAAGCCCAAGAAACACGUAUCAGAGCGCUAUGGGUAAGCAGGCUAUGGGUGUCUAUACUACAAAUUUUCAUGUCAGAAUGGAUACACUCGCUCAUGUACUUUAUUAUCCGCAAAAACCCUUGGUUACGACACGAUCUAUGGAAUACUUAAGAUUCAAUGAAUUACCUGCUGGGAUCAAUGCUAUCGUAGCUAUAUUGUCGUACACGGGGUACAAUCAAGAAGAUUCUAUAAUUAUGAAUCAGUCGGGCAUUGAUAGGGGUCUAUUUAGAUCAGUUUUCUAUCGUUCUUAUCGUGAUCAGGAAGCUAAUUUAGAUAGUGCCAAUGAAGAACUGAUCGAAAAACCUACAAGAGAUAAGUGCUCCGGUAUGCGACAUUCGCUUUACGACAAAUUAGAUGAAGAUGGUAUUAUUUCACCUGGAAUGCGUGUUUCUGGCGAUGACGUCAUCAUUGGAAAAACAAUAUCUUUGCCAGAUACUGAAGAUGAUUUGGAUGCAACAAUCAAACGGUACACGAAAAAAGAUGCCAGUACAUUUUUACGAAGCAGUGAAACCGGCAUUGUGGACCAAGUUAUGUUGACUUUGAACACGGAUGGUAACAAAUUUGUGAAAAUUCGCGUACGUUCUGUACGUUUACCACAAAUUGGAGAUAAGUUUGCCUCAAGGCAUGGUCAGAAAGGUACAAUGGGAAUCAUGUAUAGACAGGAAGACAUGCCUUUCACAAAUGAAGGUAUUACUCCGGAUAUUAUUAUCAAUCCUCAUGCGGUACCAUCUCGUAUGACUAUAGGUCACUUAAUCGAAUGCUUACAGGGAAAGCUGUCAGCAAACAAGGGGGAAAUCGGUGAUGCUACACCUUUCAAUGAUACUGUUAAUGUGCAAAAAAUCAGCAACUUGUUACAAGAAUAUGGUUAUCAUUUACGUGGUAAUGAGAUUAUGUAUAAUGGACAUACUGGUCGCAAACUCACAACGCAGGUUUUCCUGGGUCCUACUUAUUAUCAACGACUAAAGCAUAUGGUAGACGAUAAAAUCCAUUCAAGAGCUCGUGGACCUGUACAGAUGAUGAAUCGUCAGCCCAUGGAAGGCAGAGCUAGGGAUGGUGGAUUGCGCUUCGGUGAAAUGGAACGAGAUUGUCAAAUUUCGCAUGGAGCGGCACAGUUUUUGCGGGAACGUCUUUUCGAAGUGUCAGAUCCUUAUCAUGUAUAUAUAUGUAACAAUUGCGGCUUGAUCGUUGUGGCUAAUUUGCGGACAAAUUCAUUCGAGUGUAAAGCGUGUCGUAAUAAAACCCAAGUGUCAGCAAUUCGUAUUCCAUACGCUUGCAAGCUAUUAUUCCAGGAACUGAUGUCUAUGUCCAUUGCACCCCGUCUUAUGAUUUCAUAA